GAGAGUCUCCUGUUUAAAUUCGUCGCGACGCGCGAGGCCGCCGCGCGGGCCUCGUAACUGUGACCGGACGGAAUUGCGAGUGCGCGGGAGGAAUGCGAAUUGAGCGCGGAAUGAAAUGAAGAAGGGCGCGCGGGCGCGAUUGCUGACAGUUGCAGGUUGCCGCGCCGACAACAUCACCCCGGGGGAAAAGAUGGUGGAGGUGCUGUUGGACCGAGUCGACGGCCAGGAGGUGGCCGUCGCCGCCGAGUCGGACUGCAUAUCGGAGUCGCCGACCGAGUGCUCGCCGAAGAACUCGCCGAGCAACGAGAAGCUGUCGCCGGUGCAGGAGUUCUACAACGGCCAGAGCGUCUUCAUCACCGGCGGCACCGGCUUCAUGGGCAAGCUGCUGAUCGAGAAGCUGCUCAGGGACUGCCCCGGGAUCGCGUCCAUCUACCUGCUGGUGCGCCCGAAGAAGGGCAAGGACGUGCACCAGCGCACCGAGGAGAUCUUCGACGACCCGCUGUUUAUAAAGCUGAAGGACGAGCAGCCGAAAUUCCGACAUCAGGUCGUCGCGAUCGCGGGUGACUGCAGUCAGCCGAAUCUCGGUAUAUCCUCGCAGGACCGCGACACCCUCAUUCGGGAGGUCUCGAUCGUCUUCCACGUGGCAGCUACGGUCAGAUUCGACGAGAAGCUGAAACUUGCGAUGGCGAUUAACGUGAGGAGCGCCAAAGAUAUCCUCUACCUCUGCAAGGAGAUGACGAAUUUGAAGUCCUUUGUGCACGUGUCCACUGCGUACGCGAAUUGUCCGCAGCGUGUGAUCGAGGAGAAGUUUUACGACCCGCCGAUCGAUUCCGACAAGUUGAUCGCGGUGAUGGAGUGCAUGGAGGACAAGUUGGUCGAAGACAUCACUCCGCAGUUAUUGGGAAAAUGGCCGAAUACUUACGCCUACACGAAAGCCAUAGCCGAGCAUGUGAUAAAAAAGCACGCUGACGAUUAUCCGGUCGGCAUUUUCCGUCCUGCUAUCGUGAUCUCGACGUACCGGGAACCGAUGCGGGGUUGGAUCGACAACAUGUACGGGCCGACGGGGGUGGCCGCUGGCGCUGGCGCCGGAUUGCUGCGGUCGAUCCAUUGCAAUGGCUCGAUGCAGGCGAACGUGGUGCCCGCCGAUCUAACAGUGAAUGCGCUGGUCCUGUCUGCGUGGGACACGGCGAACAUUCACAGGCAGAACAACAAGACGAGCGGCGAGAUCCCGAUUUACAAUUACGUGUCGACCGACAACCCGAUCACUUACGACCAGCUGAAGGAUCUGUCGGCCAAGUACGGCCUCGACAUUCCCUCCAACCGGGCGAUUUGGUAUUACAGUUUCCGCAACAACAAGCACAGGAUAGUCCAUCUGUUCUUCGUGUACUUCAUGCACCUGCUGCCGGCCUUGCUGGUCGAUACCGUCACCUUCUGCAUGGGCAGGCAACCCAGAUUACUCAAAGUCUAUAAGAAAGUACACAAGUUCCUAGACGUCCUCAAAUACUUCUGCACGCAAGAAUGGACGUUCACGAACGACCGGCUGCGGGCGAUGAUAGGCAAACUCUCACCAAAGGAUAGCGACAGAUUCUUCUGCGACAUACAGGACGUCGACUGGAACGUGUACUUCGAGACGUACAUCCAAGGGAUCCGCGUGUACCUGAUCAAGGACCCGCUGGACACGCUGCCGCAGGCGCGCGCCAGAUGGCAAAGAUUAUACUGGACCCAUCAGGUGCUGAAAGUCAUCCUGGCCUACGUGCUCAUCAGGCUGUCGUGGGCGGCCGCGUCUCCGAUCCUCAAGUACUUGAACUACGUGUGACAAGAACGGCCAGAAGGGAGGACGAUGCGAGGCGAACGCGUCGUCCUGUGGGAAACGCGGGAAUAGUCGAUGGAGGAUGGAUCUUGCUCGGGUACGGAGUGAAGAGAAGCGAUCGAUUCUCGAGUCGGACAACGCGGAACCUCGGCGAAGAGGAAGAACGGAGCGACCUCGAUGGGCGGCACACAUCCGUGGUAUCUCGAAACUUCGCGUACGCGCAGAGCAGCCGGAUUCUCUAUACGUUUCCUUCUUCUUUUUUAUUCACACCGGAAGACGCGACGCGAGAUGUGACGAGGACGACGGGCGAAUAGCAUCGGAACAACAACAACAACAACAACAACAACAAUAAUUCAAUUCGUGCGGCAAUUCAAUCGCGUACUGUUCUUGCAGCUUCGAAUUCUCCGCGAGUGAACUGUAAGUGAGAGAACCACAUGUUACCUUGUUUCCAAAGUAGAUUUUGUAAGUCUUUUCUGAGACACACAGAGGAAGAGAGAGGGGGGGGGAGAGAGAGAGAGCAAAACAAGGAGAAGAUUCGACCACUGUGCGUACGUGAAAUAUCCUCGGUGUUGUGCAACAAUUCGACAUUAGUGCGUAAAUUAAUCGCGAGACUAACGGAUCGUUUUGUUUAUGUUUGCUUUCCACGCGGAUAGCAGUGAUCGAGAUCUCGCGAGGAAUGCGUUUCUCUUACUCUCAGCUAUCCAACGGCUGAGGAGUGAGAGAGGAGGAAAAGGAGGAGAAAUUACAAAGAAACGCGCGACUCGGCGACGAGUCGCUAGAGAAAGCGAGAGACAUACGAGAAUCAAAAAGCCUGUUCGAAGGAGAUGACGAACGGAUGACGAGAGAGAAGAGAAGAAGAAAUCGCACACGCCGUUCCCCGCCGAUUCGUUCGAGCCGAGUCUCUCACUUGAAAUCGACGUGAAACUCAAUCGAGGAGACACCCGCGACAUUGAGUCUCCAUCUCGUCAAUCCCGUCUCUCCCUUCUUCUCCCUCGCAUCCUCUUACCGCAAUCAAUCUUGAUCUUCGACAAAACACACCGAGGCGAUCUUCGCGGAGUAAAAGCGACCGAGAGAGCUAAUCGGAACGAGUUGUAUCGCGAGAGUGGCGAGAAAGUGAGCGUCGAUGAACGAGCUAUUAAUUUACGCAACUCCGACCGAACCCGCGCUCGCGCGCGGUCAGGCUUGCCUGUCGUUACCGAACUUAUUUCACGAAUCAGCAUUUCACGUGCGCACGACGGCCGUUUCACGCUGGAACACAAGUGCUUUUUGACGAGCGCGCUUUGUCCCGCGAAUAAAAGAUGAGACAGAGAAUGAGGAGAGGAGUGAGAGCGAGCGAGCGAGAGAGAGAGAGAGAGAGAGAGAGAGUGUGAGUGAGAGCGCGAGAGAGCAUAUUCUUAAUUUAUAUUUAAUAAUCGCACCUUGCUUUUACCGUUAACUGCUAAACACGCACAUAACGCGAGCGAACCAAAGGGCUCUCAGCUUCUGAGAGAAAGCACAUUUCGUUGACGGUUACACACACACACACACACACACACACACACACGCACACGCACACGCACAUGCACACAUGAAUACAGGACUAAACGAUAACGCGUACGUCAUAGCCUCUUAUUUGACAAUGUAUGGGUAUAUGUAUGAUGAUGCGUGGUGAAUCGAAAUGUAAUGAUUAUGUGUGAACAUUUAUUCGCUCGUCGCGGACGAAUGUUAGGUCGGUUAGACGUAAAUUUCGCAGGAGACCGGCGCAUGGCCCCACGUCGGUUUCCCUCUCUUCUUUUCUUUUUAUUUAAUUAAUAAUUUCUUUUUAUUUUAUUAAUAAGUCAUAUAUAUGUGACAUGUGACUUAAUUAGUGUCGAAAGAAGAUUUGAUGUCGCCGGCAGACUCAGCACCGACACGACAUGUAAAAUGGCCGGACAGGAGCGUGAAAAUAUAAGGUGAUCCGAAAAUUCGAUGCAAUCCAAAAUAUUAUGAUACUUUGGCGCAGCUUUGCCAUCGAAAAAAAUACAAACGUCACGAGUGAGACGGGAGAGGGGUAAUACACAUUUUUUGCUUUGUACUGAUGGAAUGUAUAUUAAAUUAUGCGAUAAAACGUACAUACGUGACUCUUUUGGAAAAACACGGUCAAGCACCUUAUAUUAUCGCUAUCUUGCACGCACAUUAUCGAGUCGAGUCGGUCGUCGAGGCAUCACUCGUUUUUAAUUAGCAGAUAAAUCUGUGUUCCAAAAUUUACAUUUCGAAAAAAGAA